ACGCCGUCCUCGAGCUAAUUGCGCUUCUAGUUUCUCCCGUGGUAUCAACUCCCCCGUAGCCCUGGCACGCGGAACGUGGAAGAAAAAAAGGCGACUCAUCUCCGGGAACGGGCAGGUUUAGGUGUUGCGUGUGAUGUUCGGGGACCCAAUUGUGUAGCGCCCCCGCUUGCUUGGACACUGGGAGAGUAUUAUCUCACGGAGAUACACGCAAGUUGAGGUAAUUCGCACUGCCAAUGUCGUCCUCGAGCUAUCAGACGAUGCCUCGGCAUCGUAAUGCCCCCGCGAGUUCUACCGGGCGCUCUUCGAGAAAGGGAAAGGUGGCUGCCGAACCGAGAGAGUUCACAUCACCGACGACACUCGUUAGAUACUUUGAGCCGACAGCAGCAACAGCUUCGAUGCUAUUAUAUGGACAGGGCAACUCAGUAGUCGUUGCGCACCAUGAUAGCUUAACGAUCGAGAGGCGAUUUACACGCCAUUCGGCAGAGGUACAUCUGUUGGCCGUGGACACGCAAAGUGAAAUUGGGGCAGGCCGACUGGUAGUGAGUUACGAUGCGGAUAUGACUGCUAUUGUCUGGGACCUUAUGACAGGUGACGAAGUAGCACGAUUUGCUUCAUAUGAGACUCUUACAUGCGCAGCUUGGAUGCGGAACGGAAACGUCGCAUUUGGCAAUACGCAAGGAAAUGUAAUCCUCUUCGAGCCUACUACGUCUGAGCACAUUUCAGCACGAACUAUCGACCAAAUUCCGGUGACGGCUCUAGCCCCAGCGGCUGACUGUAGAACCUUUGCCAUUGGGUACCAAAAUGGCUCCCUACUAAUUGCAACUCUUCAGCCACGUUUUACAAUUCUGCAUAACCUAAGCACGUCAAGGAGUCCGUCACCAAUCGUAAAUCUAGCAUGGCAUGCCUCAUCUUCUCGCCAAAAAUCAGAUAUGUUGGCUGUGCAGACCAACGACGGCGACCUGAGAGUGUGGAGCGUGGCGAAGUCGUUCAACAGCGACGACCCUGCCAAGGUUGUAAGGAUACUAAAGCGUACGGAGAAUUAUAUCAAUGGGCCCAACUGGAUGGGAUGGUCCAAGAACGGCCGCAUAAUUCAGUAUUCAGAAGGGGAGACCCUCUCAUGGGAUGUUCGCACAAAGCAUGUAACUAAUGAUAGCAUACCGACCCUUGAUCAUGUCCGCGGCCUCGCCGUGUACGGGCCCGGUGCGACCUUGUUCACCCUUGGUGCCAACAACACCGUCCAGCAAUUUGACCUAAACACGCCAUCGAUGAUGGUUGCUAACGUCCAGCAUCCUGCUAAUGUUUUGCCACCCUCUCCGCCAGUCUCCAUCGAGGAGCAGCCCGAGCAGGGCGUUGUCAUCAUUGGUACUUCAGAGUCGGAUUCGUCGAUCCCCAUUAACGCCGAGAUAUCUGAAAGCGAGGAUGAUCACAUGUCUCCAUUCGCGAGGCUUACUCGCGGGGCGGACUCUACCACUGAUACGUUUGAACAGGAGAGGUCCCGGACAGCGAGUCCUGUGUCCUCAAGGGGGCCUCCGUCUACCAUUUCCAUGUCAUCUAACGGCUCUGGCACUCGAGGUCGAUAUCCGCCUUCGGUCAUAUCACGUGGUAUGACUGAGAAUACUUACAUCUCUGCUGGAUCUUCGCUUCGAUCUUCGGCCAUGCCUCCAUAUGCUGAUAGGGACGCUUACUCGCUUAGCAGCAUUAGCUCCGCUUCCAUGACUUCGUCUACACGUUCUCAUCGUCGGCCAUCUCGGCUAAGGAAUGAAGUUUUACCCAGCCCUGACGAAGCUAAGGUCAAUGACCUCUUCAAGUUCACGAGGAGCCGACUUCACGAUAUCCCCUAUAAGCACGCCAUGGUGGAUCAGUCUCGCCUAACUAACGAUGACCUUCGUCGGCAGAUGUUGAGUAUUAUCUUUGGGUGGAAUGGAGAGAUCGAAGACCUUAUUCGUGAUGAGAUGGCACGUCAUCUUCCGGGUACUCCUGGCCGUAUUCUCCUGGCGAAAUGGCUCGGCGAUAUUGACGCCGAUGUGAUGACGGCAACGUCAGAGAACAUGACUUCAUCGGACUGGAUGUUGCUGGCUCUGAGCGGGAUUGGCGGCCAAGCCUCCCAGCACAAGCUUGGGCGUGCGUACGUUCAACGCCUUCUAGAGAAUGGUGACGUACAUGCUGCUGCAACGAUUAUGAUUGGCAUGGGUGACACAAAUGAUGCUAUUGAGAUCUACAUCUCCCAUAAGAAGUACAUGGAAGCCCUCAUCUUGCUUUGCCUUUUCUUCCCCGGCGUGUGGGAGCGACAAUCUCAAGUGAUUAAGAAGUGGGGAGAGUUCGCUGUCCAGCAUGGCCAACAGCAACUGGCGAUUCGAUGCUUUGCAUGCACCGGAGUAGAAUCUACUGAGCCCUGGACCUCGCCGUCAGCAGCUCAGGUAACCUUCCAGAACAUCAGUGCGAGCAUCCCAGAGAUCCUGAGCCCUCCAUUAUCUCCUCCAGGCGUUAACCGUGGACCGCAACGUAGUAUCGCAAAGACCUCAGCGCUAAAGCUGAUCACGUCUUUUGGUGAUCAGGGGAAGAAGUCGAAAUUCUUUGCGAAUGGCGACGGAGGUCAAACUCCCAUUGCUGCGGGUGUCACACCGAUAGCUGAGUCCGCAGUUUCUCCUGGUGGCCAUGAGCCUAACACUGCAUUCAUUCGCCCCUCGCAACGAAGCGUUUACAACACCCCUGCUUCUGCAAGGCCUACUACCCCUGGUGGUUUUGGACGACAGCGUUUACCCUCAAUAGGCGAGAUCCCGCACCGUGACCUUCCCCGCGACCUUCUUAGCGACAGAAAUAUUCCAACUCCUCCUGCUGAUCACGCUCCUGAAAUGAGCCAGGCUCACCGGGCCACUCACUCCAAGACGCCUUCUGCUGAUGACCGGUACGAUGUCGGAUUAUCUGUCCCAAGAGCUUCAACUGCAAGCCCAAUGAUGAUGAGGGACUCCCUUCGUCGAAAGGAACCCCCACCACCCUCACCAUCACCACAGUCGCUUAAUGCUCUAAUGCAACAAGGUCGUGCUAGCCGAAAUGGAGCCCGGGAGCGGAAGCCUGAGGGAAUGGAACUGAAGAUUCACUCUCUCGAGUCUGCAAUGAAUGGUGAUAUAACCUCCCCGGAACAAUCUGUAGCGUCAUCAACUCGCUUCCAUUGGCCAUCUCGCCGCCGUGGACCAGGAUCAAUUGCUAGCUCUGUCACGUCGAACUCAAGCGCAGGACGAGGCUACCGAGCUAACCAAGCAGGAGGUCGUGGCUUAAACGAGUAUAUCCACAGCUUAGAGGCUGCACAGCAUUACUCCAGGAAGCAGCGAAGCCGCGAAAGCAGCCGGCACCGCCAGGACGACAAAAAUGCUCGAAGCCGAGAAGGGAGCCGUACCCGCCAAGGCAACGCACGGGAACAUUCCGAAGAUAGGGGUAGGGGUAUUUCUCGAAACUGGACGCCCAAGCCUGCUAAACACUCUCCUACCUCUCCCGUGCCCAUGUCUCCAGAAGACUUGAUCAACUUGAGCACUCCACAGCAAGCAGAAUCGGGGAUAAGCGAUGAAAGAUUCAUGGCGAUUGAGUUCGACUCCGGUGAGCGUGAGCCAUCCACAGUUCGUAAGUCCAGCCAAAUCCGACGAACUUCCCCUCCUCGAGCCACUCGCAUCUCUAGCCGUGCUUCGAGCCGUACUGGCCGCCAAAGGAGCCACGAACGACGACCACCAGCGUUGGACCUCCGUGGUAGAAGCAAGAGCCGUGGCGAUGGCUCCCUUAUGAGAUCUCCAUCGUCCCCAUUGCCAAUGUCAGCUCCCAUGCAGUUCUACGGGUCCGACGAUGAAGGGGAUUACCGAGCCGCCCUUGCUGCGCAGGAACAGUUCAGAAACCGACACAACCGAAGCGGUAACCACAGCCAGAAGGAUCCGUCUUCCCCAGCUGUCUCCCGAGUUCGGGAUCGAUCGGAGAGUCGUCGCAGGAGAAACAAGACCCCGGGCGAGCAAGAACCGAUGCCAAUAGCCCAGCCGACGCAGAUAGCCAUCAGACAGAUCCCCCCUCCGCCUCCGCCAGCACCGCAACAGCCGGCAGGUGAGGCUCGAGCUGGAGAUCUGAAGUUGAUUUCUGUUGAGAGACAGCUAAAAAAGGAGGCCGCAGCCCGCGAACUAGAAGAACGCCGCAAGUCCCUUGCGCGUCGUCCUUCAGCGCCCCCUAUCCCUCACCCGGAUGAGCUCUCCCCAAUUGUGUCCCGCACGCCAGGUAUCCUCGAACUGCCUCAGACGACGUUCGUACCUCCCAAGGACAUGCCCAUUAGGAGCCAGACCGCGGACCCCCACAGAAGCUCCCACUCGCGUAGUGGAACUGUGCCUAUGAUUGGCCUACCAGCAACACCGAAGGCCAUGCGUCUGCAAUUCACGUCAAGUAAACAUGCUGGAGGCGCACCGCCAGUUCCUACUGUCUACACUAAGCCAUCGCCACCUUCUUCUGGCCAGUCAUCUCCCAACCGUCCUGCCAACAACUCGCCAACUAAGUCGCCACCUAUGCUAGCCGAGUCGCCUAGGAAAUCGUCAGAUGGGUAUUCGGACAAAGAGGCACCACCGCCGCUGACUCUCCUUCCUUCAACCGUGUACUCUCCCCCCUCGCGACCCAACAUCGCGCGGUGCAUGUCCGCCCCUAUUCCGGAGGAGCACCCGCCUCAAUUCACCCACUCGGCCCACCACCAUGGGAUGCAGGCUAGCAACCAGCCACCCCGCAGGGGAUCUCUCUCGGUAAGGAAGAUGAGUGCAGAUGUCAACGGAGGAUUGCCUGGUAUCGAGGAGAAGGAAGGGUCCGCCAGACACUCGAGGAAGGCUUCCCGAGACGACCAGAUCCCCCCUCCGCCUCCGCCGCCGCCAGUCUUAAAGGAGCUUCAACACCUGGCGACCCCCCCACCACCGCCCCCUGCGCCCAUCCCAGGCGCCAGGCCGACCAUCUACGGCGGUGCUCAGCCUGCCGGGUCCGGUACCAUCGAGAUCGUAAUGGACGAUUCGGACGACAACAACGCCGCUGCGGUCGUGCAGAUCCCGGAACCUGCCCCGCAAGCCUCCAGCCCCCAGGUCUCGCCGACCUCGCGCAACGGGCACAGCCGCGGGCGCAGCUUCGGCGACCGCGGCUUCGGAGACAACAGCAUCGCGGGACGCAUCAGCCGGGCGGCGGAGCGGAUGCGGUCCGCGAGCCGGGGCCGCACGGGCUCGAUCCUCGGCAACAGGACCAAGUCCCCCGACACCGCCAGCAUCCCCUACGAGAGUGUCCCGCCGCCGGUCAGCUUGCACAGCAGCGGCUUCGCCUCUCCCGCCAGCCAGCAGCUGCAGCAGUCUGUCGAGCGCCACCCCCGCGAGGUGCGCGCCGCGUACCAGGAGCGCGAGUACGGCAGCGGUCUUCACGCCAGCGAGAUGAUUUAGAAACUUGGAUUUGGAUAAGCCGGGCCGCUCGCUCCUCAUUUCGAAGCGACGCUUAGAUUCACAAAUUGUCUUCUCUUCUUCUUCUUCCUAUCUGACGUUUUCGAACUAUAUACGACGCAUCGUCAUCAUCUUCUAUCUAUCCACCUAUCUCUUCUUUUCUUGGAUUCUUCCCGCAUCUAUCUCACUCAGCA